UCCGCGUGGCUGCAGUCAGGGAUAACACAUGCAUGCCCAAGCAAACUUAGGCUGCGGGUGACAUUAACAGCUGACAUGAGCAAGGUGAACAUCUUGAAUUAAACUUUAUAGUAAAUAAAAUAGAGUUUCAAAAGUACAGGCGUUGUGAUAAGACACUAGCUGUGCCAUUUUUGCUGAUCUGGAUUUGCGCAUGACUGGUAACGGCUGACAUAAGAAGAGAAAUCAAGGGAAGACCCAGUCCUUGCCCCCUGAGGACUAACCAAGCUGUUUGGAUUUUAAAUUUGUUGUAGGCAACUGAAUUUUCUGGCUCCAUUUGGAUCUGCUUCAGGAAUAAAUGAUCACCUCAACCAGAAGAGUAUCUCCUGAUAAAUCUGAAGUUAGAAUAGCCUUCAGCCUUGAUGACACAUCAGAUAUCAAAGAUGUGGAGGAACUUUCACAGGUCUUCCCUGACCUUGAACAACGUCUACAGCCUGUGCCGCCUUGCAUGUCCCUUCGAGAGAGUGUUCAGGUGUACAAAGAGCACUGCAGGAUGGCCAGAGAGUUCCACCACGUGAAACAUGAGAUAUCUGUCCUUGAGGAACGCAAGCGCAAGCUGCUUGCGGAGCUAGUGGAGGAUGAGAAAGUUGCUGAAGAGAUCGCCCGUCUUGAGGAGGAAUUUAAGCGAUUGACAGAGGAGAACCGCAGCUUGGUGACCCUCCACAGUGAGCGCAGACAGCAGCUAGAGAGGCUUUGCCUUGCCAAUCGAACUAGGCAAGACUCCUCUUGACCCCUUAACUUCCAAGAGCCUGAGUCUUUCAGACUUUCAGCUGACACUAGACCAGCGAACGGACUGUUUUCAUGCACAGUCUUUGAAUUGUAUGAUUACACAGACAGGACCUGUUUCUGUGGAUGAUCUAAGUCAUUGGUGUGAAUCGCAGAUGUAAGCUUGUCAUCACUGAGAAGUUGUUAGAGUGAUUCUAGUAGGCAAUGACAGAAUUUUAGGGUUUUAAUCUAAGUUUGCUAAACUAUGCUGGUCAUUAUUGAAAACCUAAAAGUGAACAGCACAUUACAAAAGUAUUAACAUCAUGCAAUCUUUUUCUCAUUUUAUCAAAUUACAACGACAAAUUUCAAAUAGCCAUGAAUAAUAUGCAAAGUUUCCAGCUAGUUUGAGCUGUCAACUAAUCACUAAAUGGAUGUGAAUGUAUGUAAUGUGUAUUUUUAUCAGCCUCUAGUCGUCAAUAUUUCCCUGCAAUUGAAUUGUAAGUCGUUGGGUUGUGCACCGCCAUCUUUGCACAUGUAAUCAUUUGCUCCAAACCAUUCACUGGAUUGGAUGAAGAGCAUCUGUGGACAAAAGUUUUAAAAUCUUGCCAAAGAUUUUUAGUGAGAUUUAGUUUUGGACUUUGACUUGCUUAUAAUGUACUAAAACAUGCCAUGCGUUUAUCAAAACCACGAAGAAGGGUGAAACUCUGUCCCAAUCAUUUGGAGCUGCUUAAAUGAUUUUUUAUUGAUUUUUUUUUUUUUUUUUGCUUCUUUUUUUUAAUAGUCUGCAGAUUUUAGCUUAAUUCAUUGCCCAACCUAUCCCAGUCUCCCUGUUUUUGAUAAUAUACCAAAACAUAUUCCCACCACCUUGUUUCACUGUGGAAAUUGUGUGUUGAUGGUGGUAACUAUCUUAGUUUUUGCCAUAUCUUUUUUUGCAUGUAGGCCAAGAGGUUGGAUUUUGAUGUCAUCUGUCAAGGGAAACUUCUUAAGCAAGUUUGUUGUUUCCUUGCGACUUGAGACAAACUUCAAAGAAAACAUCUUCUAUAAACAGAAAUAACCCAGCUGUGCUUUGAAUAUUUCCUUAGCUUCAUUACUGAUCUGCCUGGCCUGCACCUUUAUUUUCAUGAUGAAGUUACACACAUGGAAACUAUAUUUACUAAUCAGGAAACUUUGAAGGUCAUUAAAUAAAUUGGGUUUUUUAUGGAAUCUGAGUAAAAAUGAAAUAUAACAGGUCACACUUUCCCGUUUUAAUAUUCAAAAUAGUCUAAAGCAGUACAUCAUUGUUCUUCCUCUAUACAAGUAUGUGCUACUUUUAGUGUAUCUACCAUGUAAAAAACCCUAAUAAAAGAAGUUUGUUUCAGUAAAAUGACAAAGAAAAAAAGUCAAAGUUAACUGCUCAUUUAAAAAGUACAUACUGUACCUUAAUGAACAGUAUUUUCAGUGACGGAGAACUGAUGUUUUUCACCAUUGUCAGGUUUUGUAGAACCAUAGAUACUAGAAAGAGCU